UUCUACCUCAUGACAGCUCCGGCGAUCACUUUCGUCACAUAAAUUCACUGUAUUCACUUCAACUCAUCCUGAAAACCCUACCAAAUUAAUCAUGCUAAAAUUCUUUCAGGACUGGAACGCGAAUUUGAAUAGUUCAGUACGCAAAGGUGACCUCUCUUCGGUCAAGAAAUGUCUACUUCAAGGAGCCGACCCCAACAACAUCGACACCGUUGGACACACUCCACUAACAUGUGCAGCCAGUUUGGGUCACCUGGACAUCAUCAAGCAUCUAAUAGUAAACGGUGGCGACAUUUACAAACCUGGAGCUGAUAACAGAUCUCCCUUAUCUUGGGCUUGCUUGGAGAACCGAAUCGACGCUGUUAAACUUCUUCUUGCUAAAGGAGUAAAUAUUAACCACCCGGACCCAGAUGGUAACACACCACUAGCCAUAGCUGUGAUGAAUGGUAACAUUGACGUUGUCCAUUAUCUAUUGUCACAAGGGGCUAACGCAGAGAAAGCAGAAGGACACGGGAAGACGCCUUUAUCUUGGUCUGCCAAAGAAUGCCAUUUUGACAUCGUCAAGCUACUUUUACAGAAAAAUGACAACGUAAAUGUCAUAGAUCCUGAUGGUAAUACGCCUUUAGUGUAUGCUACGAUAGCGAAAAGUUGGGAUUUGUUGUGGUUCUUCAUCCGGAAAGGAGCUGAUGUUGGUUUGUUCGGACCUGGAGGAAGACCUCCUUUAAACUGGGCAGUGGCGGAUUCCCGGCUCGAAUUUAUAAAGUUUUUAUUAGAAAAAGGAGCUAGGAUCAAUGAUCUAGAUUCAUUUGGAGACACAGCUCUAGCAUGCGCUGCUAAAGCAGGACAUGUCAACGUCAUUGAAUAUUUAAUUGAUGCUGGUGCAGAGAUUGACAAGUGUGGAAUUCAAGGGAAAUCUCCUUUAUCUUAUGCCGCUCUAAACGGACACUUAGACGUAAUCACACUCUUGUAUAAGAAAGGGGCUAAAAAUUCUCCCGACCUCAAUGGACACACACCGCUUGCAAAUGCAGCGGCAGCUGGAAGACUCGAGGUAAUAGAUUUUUUCAUAAAACGAGGAGCCGAUUUGGAACUCUUUGGACCAAAUGGCAAAGGCGCGUUGUCUCAUGCUUCCGAAAAUGGUCACCUCGACGCUGUCAAACUAUUAUUAACAUCAGAAGGAGCUAAUAUCAACGCAACUGAUUCCAACGGUGAGACUCCAUUAACAAGUGCGGUUAUCGCAAAUCAAAUGGCAAUCGUAGAAUUUCUUCUUAGUGAAGACGCCGAUGUUUGCAAAGUUUGCAAAAAAGGAAGGACUCCACUAGCUGCAGCAGCGCAACAAGGAAAUUUCGACAUGGUGGUUUAUUUGUUAAACCAUGGGGCUGAAUGUUCCAUGCAGACUGCCUUUCUUGAAGCCAUUCGACAAGGAAACUUGCGCAUUGUUAAACAUAUGCAAGCGAAGGGCGCUAGGGUUAAUUUUACUUAUGAAAAUAAGUGCACACCUUUAGGUACAGCCCUUUCGCUGGGCCAUGUGGGUGUGGCGGAAUUUCUGAUUGCGAAGGGUGCAUCGGUUGCUUGUAUUAAACAUGACAACAAAAAUACAUUUUUAAUGAAGUUUGUCACUGAGAAGAACCGUGAAAUGGUUAAGGUUCUAAUCAAGGCAAAAGCAAACGUUGAUUUACCGGGAACGUGUGGGUACACACCGUUAACCAAAUCGGUUGAAAUGGAGAAUUUCAAAAUGGUCAAGUACUUGGUACAGCAAGGCGCGGAUGUUAAUUUGGUUGAUAGUAAUCGAAAAACUGCGCUAUCGAUUGCUGCGUCAAUGUAUUACUUCCGAAUUGCAAAAUUUUUGCUGGACUAUGGUGCUAAUAUUGAGUUAGCGAAGCAAGCAGUUGAGGCGUUCGCCAGCUGGAACAAGGAUUUUGCUAUCGCCGCGAAAGUAGGAACGAAAAAUGUCUCUAAAGAAAGCAAUACUUCCUCUAGAAGUAGUACAAGCAAAACGUGAUUGGUGGUUACACUUAAUUAUUAAGAAAACAAUUUUUUAAA